GGCUACCGGGUACAGGAGGCUUGCGGGGAGCUCAGGACCACAGUGUGUGUGGCCUGCACGCCCGGCACCUACACUCCCAUCCUCAAUGCCCUGGCCGAGUGUCUGCCGUGCGGCGUCUGUGACCCAGGCCCUGAGCCUCCUCCUUCUGACAGCCCUGCCCUGCGCACUGGGGCAGCCCUUGUGCAAAGAGGGGGAGUUCCAGAAGGGGGCCUUGUGCUGCCCCAAGUGCUGGCCAGGCUACCGGGUGCAGGAGUCCUGCGGGGAGCUCUGGAGCAUAGUGUGUGUGCCCUGCACCCGGGGCACCUACACUGCCCACCUCAAUGCCCUGCGCGAGUGUCUGCCCUGCCGCGUCUGUGACCCAGGCCUGGGCCAGGUGACCAGACGGAAGUGCUUCAGCUGGACCAACACCGUGUGCGGCUGCGGGCGCGGCCGCUUCUGUGAGCGACAGGACGGGGACUCCUGUGUCCAGUGCAGGCCCCACAGUGUCUGCCGCCCGGGCCAGAGGGUCCGGGAGACAGGCACCGAGUGGCAGGACACGCUGUGUGAAGACUGCCAGCCGGGCACCUUCUCUGCGGGGGGCACCCAGGCAGCCUGCACGCCCUGGACAAAGUGCAGUGGCCCAUUCGCCUGGGAAGCGACUCCGGGGACCAGCAGCACAGACGUGAGAUGCUCCCCCUGGGGCCCCGUCAUCAUCCUCAUCAGCAUCAUCCUCGUCAUCACUGUCAUUUCUGUGCCCCUUGUGCUCAUGUCCAUCAGGGACAGAACGUCACGUGAACUUGCCCAAAGCAUACCUUGGAGAUUGCUGCUUGUCCGUACCCUCCCGGGGACAGGGGAGCCGGCAGAAAGGAACAGGCGUCGGGACCUGCAGGCCUCCCGGGUCCAGCCAGACGUCACCGCAGAGCCCCUGGAGGAGCCAGCAUCCCUGUUCCCUCAGAGCGACCGCCAGCUGACACAUGGCUGCGGGAUGCAGAUGCCUGAGCCAGCCCCGCGAGGCUGGGGGCAGCGGCCAGGCCCCCAAAGACGACAUACGUGGUCAGGGAAGCUGCGGGCCCCACCCCUGGAGGCCAGCCCGCACCUGGCUGAGGAGGACACCACCUGCUGUGCCGGGGGCUUUGGUGUAGGAAGCCAUCCAUUGUCUUCACUAUCAGAGGAGGGUAAUCAAGAGCCCGGAACACGGUGAACCUGGAGCCCUGGCAGGGCCAGAGCUAUGCACGGAUUGUUUAGUGCAGACAGUGGGGGCUCAAGCAAUUUCCUGACCAAAUAGUCUCAGAGAAAAUCUUUCUAAUAUUUCCUGACCUUUAAUAUAGUCUGUCUGUUACCAAAAUUACCUGCCUGACUAAGAGCUAGAUUUGUAUUCAAAACUGAAAAGAAGGUUGGCAAGGCCUGAGCACGAGUGGAAGUCCAUCCCCUUGGAUUGGGCUUCCCACCUGGCUCCCAAUAUUUCCAAAUUA